AUGGAGAAAGAAACUUCCAAUCAAGUCUGUGAAGAUGAGGAUAGAAGAAAACAGACUAUGCAACUUGCUCCUAAGACCAGCAUCUCAGAAAUUGCACUCAAUACAAACUUCAGCUCCUCACCAUUCAUUAUAAAGAAAUUAGCACAGACUGUUAAUCAGGGUAGUGGGACUUUGCUUGUUAUUCUUAGUGUCUCUUCAGAUGUUGAUACUAGUGAUGAAGAUUUCACAAUUUUCCUCCCUCUUCAUCAUGAUUAUAUCAAGUUGCCUGCAAGCCUCUAUGAGUAUUUUACCAGUAUACCAAUAAGUAUUCCUGCUAAAUGCAACAUGUCCCGAUUAGGCUGGAGUGCAGAAAACCAGAGUGAAAUUACUGAGUUUAUUCUUCUGGGAUUUGGGGACCUUCCUCAUCUACAGAUCUUCCUGUUCCUUGUUUUUCUGGUGAUCUACAUAUUGACAAUGACUUUCAAUAUUCUCACGGUCAUUCUCAUAGUGACCGACCAUCACCUGCACACACCCAUGUACUUCUUCUUGGGGAAUUUGUCUUUUCUGGAGACAGUCUACAGCUCAACCACCCUGCCCAGGAUGCUGACCAGUCUAUUGACAGAGGACAAAACCAUCUCUUUUAAAGGAUGUCAUAUACAAUUAUAUUUCUUUGAUCUCCUGAUUGGCACAGAAUGUUAUCUGCUCUCUGUGAUGUCUUAUGAUCGUUUCUUAGCUAUAUGCAAACCCCUCUAUUAUGCAACUCUUAUGAAUGGUAAGCUGUGUAUCCAGCUGGCCAGUGCCUCUUGGAUUAAUAGCAUUUUGUUUACUUCUAUAUAUUUGAUCCUGGUGUUGCAACUAAAGUAUUGUAAUUCCAAUGAAAUGGAUCAUUUCUUUUGUGACUCUCUUGCAUUGGUCAAUAUCUCAUGCAGUGAUACCAGCCUUGUGAAGUAUGCCAGUGUAAUCCUGACUUUUGUGUUCAGUUUUCCCCCUUUUCUUUUGACCCUGAUUUCCUACAUAUAUAUUAUUGAUUCAAUUUUAAAAAUCCCAUCCACCACUGGAAGGCAGAAAGCCUUUUCCACUUGUUCUUCUCAUGUGAUUGUUGUUUCCCUGUUCUAUGGGGCAUUAAUCAUUGUAUAUGUGACACCAAAAACUGAAGCAAUGAGAGACCUUAACAAAAUAUUUUCUCUUUUUUACACAGUCCUUCCGCCUUUAGUUAACCCCCUUGUAUAUAGCCUGAGAAACAAGGAUGUCAAGGAAUCUUUCAGGAAGAUAACUAGAGAAUAUACUACUCUGGUGAGA